GUGGGGAAGAGUCCGGGUGAGCAUCCGGACCCAGCCCCUUGGGGCGCGCCAGUGCGCUCAGGUCCCUGGAGAUGGCGUGGCACCGUAGCAGCCACUAAGAAGUUGACUUGUCGUAUCCUCCCCUGGCCUCGUCUUCUCAGUCCUUGCCAAGAGCUAUGUCCAAGCCCUCCCUGAUCACAUUCACCCCCGCCACAGACCCCAGUGACCUCUGGAAGGAUGGGCAACAGCAGUCCCAGCCUGAGGAACCGAAGGCCGCCCUGGAUGGGACUGCCGCCCGAGCUUUCUACGAGGCCCUCAUUAGGGAUAACAGCAGUGCCCUGGAACCGCAGACAACUCACCCCGAACCUGCACUGGCAAGAAAGCGGAAGAAGAGAAAAACGAUGAGAGAGACUGUGGCACAAACAGCAUCAGCAGGAGUGUCAGGAAGACACGAACAGUGGAGAUCUCCUGAGGCUGAGGACAAGAUGACCCAGAAGAUCCUGAGGGCCGCCCAGGAGGGAAACUUGACAGAGCUGCGAAAGCUGUUGGAACCCCAUGAGGCAGGGGGAGCUGGGGGGAAUAUCAACGCCCGGGAUGCCUUUUGGUGGACUCCUUUGAUGUGUGCUGCCCGUGCGGGUCAAGAGGCAGCUGUGCGAUACCUCCUGGGCCGUGGGGCUGCCUGGGUGGGUGUCUGUGAGCUCAGUGGCAAGGACGCUGCUCAGCUGGCUGAAGAGGCUGGCUUCUCCGAGGUGGCCCGCAUAGUCAGAGAGAGCCCUGGAGAGACAAGGACCCCAGAGAAUCGGUCCCAUACUCCCUCUCCCCAGUACUGUGAGACCUGUGAUGCCCAUUUCCAAGACUCCAACCACCGCACAUCCACUGCUCACCUGCUAUCAUUGUCUAGGGGUUCUCAGCCCCCCAACCUUCGCCUUGGGGUGCCCACCUCCAGCCCAGGUUUCCAGCUGCUGUUGAAAGGGGGCUGGGAGCCAGGAAUGGGGCUGGGACCCCGAGGUGAGGGCCGAGCCAACCCUAUCCCCACUAUCCUCAAGAGGGACCAGGAAGGACUUGGCUACGGAUCAGCACCCCAGCCCCGAGUCACACACUUCCUCUCUGGAGAUACCCGGGCUGUGGCUGGAAGGGUGAGAGGCCCUCGGGUGGCUACACUGAACCGAAGGGAGGCUAGAAGGCAGGAGGAAAAGGACAGAGCCUGGGAAAGGGACCUGAGAACAUAUAUGAACCUUGAGUUCUGACCUUGAGCAGGCCAAGCCCUAGUCUGCUACAGACGUCUAAGGCAGGCCUCCAACCUGGGGCAGUUUGACUUACGCAUUCUGGGAUCUGCCCAGGUACAAGACCUCAGGUUUUGAAUGCUGAGCUGAGAGAAAUAAAUUGUCUCCCUCUGUUGUGGUUUAUUCACUUUUCUGAAAGUUGUGGGGAAGUCAAAAAGAAGUUAUUGUCACCACCUAUAAAUUUCAGCUAAUUCAGAGCCUUCCCAAGUAACAUAAUAGGGUCACUUCACUUCCCGUCUGGGUUCAUUUCCAUGUUCUGAUAACUUCUGGUGCUACCUCACUUCUUCAUUCAAACCCUGACCCAGGAACUUCCCAGCUCCAUGGUAAGGAUCACCUCCCUCAGGAAGGAUCCUCUGACCACUUCAACCUGUUCAUUCACUAACUUCACAAACAAGAAGCUCAUAUAGUAUGUCAUACAAGCAUGGGCUAAUAGUAUGUUGCAGCAAGUUAACCUGUUUUAGACUGGAUUGCUAGUUCGAGUCUUGGCUGUUCUGCUUCCAGCCCAGUUUCUGCUGAUGUGCCUGGGAAGGCAGUGGAUGAAGUAUCUGGGCCCUACUUCCUGUGUGGGAAACCGGGAUGGCGUUCCUGUCUCCUGGCAUGAGUCUAGCCCACAGAGGGCUGUUGCAGCCGUUUGAGGAGAAAUUCAGCAGACGGAAGAUCUUUCUUUGUUAUUCUGCUUUCCAGAUAAAUAACAACAAAAGAGAAUACAAAUAAAACACAUUCCCAACCAACAA